AUGGGAGUGAGCGCACGCAGUCAGAAGCCGUACGUGCCCAUCGACACCUGCAGCCCGGGUGGGACAUGGAUCGAGGAGAAGCGAUACAAUAAGGUGCGGCACGAGAGCCAUAAGCGACAAGCUUGCAAGGUUCUUUGCGGUAAUUGGCAGGAAGAGAAGUCGCUAGAAGACGACCUUCUUGCGCAGCGACCGCUUCUGCCGGGGUCAGUGCCGGCCGACGAUUUUGUGCAAACGGCAGUGCUGCAGGCAAGUCUGGAUGUCAUACGCGAGGGAAAAAAUGGACGCUACGCCGGUGGUUAUCAGUCAACACCCUACUUGACGAUUGACGCGCGAAAUCCUCAUUUGCGUCUUUUGCAGACGACACAGCGCCAUGACUACUGCGAGGCCAACGGUGACGUGCGACGCCUGCGGCGCCCCGAUAUGGGUGCACGCAGCCGUGUACUCCUCGAAGUUGCGUUGAAAGCAGCGAAAGAAGAGAAAGAGGCAUGUGACAGGGAACAACAGACACGUCUUUCGCGCUUGGCAGAGGAUGGAGGUGGCAUUUAUCUCUCGACGUAUCAUAAAUCGCACUGUCGUGAAGAGGAGCUACCAAUCAUCAAUGAGCUGCGUAAUGAUUAUCUCUCUGAUGAACCUGUCACGCUUUAUACGGGUAAUCCCGUAACAGGAUGUAUAAUGACAGUGCACGGCAAGACACCUGUGGAGCCAGUAGAGGGUCGCUCACGUUUUGGACGUCAUACAUAUUUUACCGAACGGAAAUAUAUGCUUUAG